UCUGUCCGCGUUGGAGCGGGCGGGCCUCCGCCAGAGUGUCCGCGGCCGCCGUGUGACGUGGCACAGCAGGAGUCUUAACGCCAGAGCCGGAGCGGUAGCGACAGUCUCCGAGCAGUUUGUCGUGAGCGUGAUAGAAGGCCCGCGGACGCCGUAGACCCCUUCUUGUGCCCAUCGCAAGUGCCACUACCGCCAUGGGCCUCACCAUCUCCUCUCUCUUCUCCCGCCUCUUCGGCAAGAAACAGAUGCGCAUUUUGAUGGUUGGAUUGGAUGCUGCUGGCAAGACGACCAUUCUUUACAAACUGAAGUUAGGGGAGAUAGUUACCACCAUUCCCACCAUUGGUUUUAAUGUGGAAACAGUAGAAUAUAAGAACAUUUGUUUCACAGUAUGGGAUGUUGGUGGUCAAGAUAAAAUUAGGCCUCUCUGGAGGCAUUACUUCCAGAAUACCCAGGUAAGGAAUGGGUUUCAUGCUCUGGAUUUUAUAUUAAUAUCUAGUAUUAAUAUGGGCAUUAGUGUUUACUAUAUGAAUUUGUGUUCUUCUUGUCACCUCUCAUUUGUAUUCUUUAGUGGACUGUCACUCAUGCCUUCGAAAGCUAAAUUACCAAGUAAGGAAGAAGUAAAUAGCCAUUCCAGUAAGAUUUUGGAAGAUGGGGGUGGGGAAUGUAAGUGUCCUGGGGACAGUGAUGCUUGUACUCGAGCUGUGGAGAAUGAAACUUCAAAUGAGAGGCAUCUCCAGAAAGAUCCUGCUUAUUUUUAUGGAUAUGUGUAUUUUCGACAAGUUCGAGAUAAAACUCUUAAAAGAGGCUACUUUCAGAAGAUUAUAAACGCCAGUCUAGAUUUUUAA